UUUGGGCUUUGAUCAGAAUGUGUGGAGUCAAAUGCUCCAUGACGAGAUCCUACCCGUAAUACCCAACUGAGAUCCAACUGCUACAUCGGAAGCACGUAGCCUGAAUGCAUGAACCCAGAAAAGAGAGGAAUACUUGAAUAAAUGCAUGAACUAAAUGUUUAUUACACUUCUCAUUCUUGCUGUCGUAUUCUAAUUUUGUUCCGCAAUCCUGAUUUUGAAUCAUUUAUUAAAUUGAGGGGAAAUGGAAAAACGACCGGAGAAGAAGCUAAACCCUGUGAUCUCUACUAAUACUGGCGAUUCGGAUCGUUGUAGCAAAAACCCAAAUUUAUUUGAUCCUCAUGUUGCAAUGGAGAUGAGCAGGAUUCUUGUUGUAAUGGCGGCUAUGCUGUCGCCGGGACUGUUGAUGGGCAGUGGUUGCGCCCAAAAGUCGGACCACAAUGUGGGGGGACUGACGGCGCCGUUCAGGAUACAUACGCUAUUCUCUGUGGAGUGCCGGAAUUUCUUCGACUGGCAAACGGUGGGACUAAUGCACAGCCACCGUAAGGCCUUACAGCCCGGCCCCAUUACCCGGCUUCUUUUCUGUACGGAUGAGGAGAAGAGGACUUAUAAAGGAAUGGAUUUGGCGCCAACGCUUGAGGUUCCUUCUUUGAGUAGACACCCAAACACUGGUGAUCGGUAUCCAGCAAUUAAUAAACCGGCUGCGAUCGUACACUGGCUUAAACAUAGUAAAGAUGCAGAGAAUGUUGAUUGGGUAGUAAUUCUGGAUGUGGAUAUGCUGAUUCGGAGUCCAAUCAUACCAUGGAAACUUGGAGGAGAUAAAGGCAGACCUGUUGCUGCAUACUGUGGGUAUUUGGUUGGAUGUGAUGACGCUCUUGCUAAAUUGCACAGAAAGCACCCUGAACUAUGUGACAAUGUUGGUCAGCUUUUAGCCUUGCAUAUAGAUGAUCUUCGAGCUUUAGCAGCCAUAUGGCUAUCAAAAACUCAAGAAGUAUGGCAAGAUAGAGCUCAUUGGGUAGCUAAUUAUACCGGUGACAUAUAUGGAAAAGGGAAGAUCACUGAAAUGUAUGGAUACUCUUUUGCUGCUGCAGAGGUGGGGCUCCACCACAAGAUGGAUAAUAACUUGAUGGUUUACCCAGGCUACAGUCCUCGAGAGGACAUUGAUCCAAUUCUUAUGCACUAUGGCCUGCCUUUUAGUAUUGGAAAUUGGUCAUUUGGUAAAUUAGAGCAUCAUGAAGACAACAUUGUGUACGAUUGUUGGCGGCUCUUUCCUGAACCUCCUUAUCUGAGAGAGGUGGAAGAAAUGGAAUCUGAACGAAACAAAAGUAGGACAUUGUUUCUAGGUAUAGAGUGUGUCAAUACCCUGAAUGAAGGUUUAUUACUGCAACAUGCUGCAUAUGGUUGCCCCAGACCCAAUGGGUUCAAGUACUUGAGUUCCGUAAGGAGUAGAACAUUUACAAAGAUAACUCAGUCAAAACAAUUGACUAAGCAAAGCCGUCGAAUAAUGGAAGUUAAUGUACAGAAGCCAGAUGUGAAAGAGGUAUAUCCAAACAUACAUACCGUUUUCUCAGCAGAAUGUGCUCCUUACUUUGACUGGCAGACUGUGGGGCUUGUCCACAGUUUUUACCAGAGCGGUCAGCCUGGGACCAUCACAAGGCUUCUGUGUUGUACAGAAGAGGAUUUGAAGCAAUACAAAGGACACGAUCUAGCUCCCACGCAUUAUGUCCCAUCCAUGAGCCGCCAUCCGAUUACAGGAGAUUGGUAUCCUGCACUUAAUAAACCAGCUGCAGUUGUACAUUGGAUCAACCAUGUGAAAACUGAUGCAGAGUACAUAGUGAUCCUGGAUGCGGACAUGAUAAUGAGAGGACCUAUUACACCAUGGGAGUUCAAUGCGUCUAAGGGACGACCUGUUUCCGCUCCCUAUGACAACCUGAUUGGCUGUGAAAAUGAGAUUGCAAAAUCCCAUACCCGCUAUCCUCAGGCUUGCAGUAAGGUUGGAGGUGUGAUCAUAAUGCAAAUAAGGGAACUCAAGAGAUUUGCUUUGCUUUGGCUGCAUAAAACUGAGCAAGUCCGAGCUGAGAUGGCCCAUUGGUCAAGAAACAUGACGGGAGAUAUUCAUGAAGCUGGUUGGAACAGCCAGAUGUAUGGUUACUCCUUUGCUGCAGCAGAGUUGAAUUUUCGUCAUGUCAUAAGCAACAAGAUUCUGGUAUACCCAGGACAUGUUCCUGUACCUGGUGUCAAAUACAGAGUAUUCCACUACAGCUCGGAAUUUCGGGUUGGUAACUGGAGCUUCAAUAAAGCUAACUGGACAAAUUCAGAUAUGGUUAACAAAUGUUGGGCUAAGUUCCCUGACCCUCCUGAUCCAUCCACUCUCAAUCGUUCUAAUGAGGAUUCAGUACAACGGGACUUGCUUAGCAUAGAGUGUGUAAAUUCCUUGAACGAGGCUCUACGAAGUCACCAUGAGAGAAAGAAAUGCCCUGAUCCAAGUACAUUUUCUCCUCCAAUUCAAGAGACCCCUGAUCACCCUAUCUUGCCACCACCAAAUAGUGAUUCCGCCAGUGAAGAAAUUACUGCCUCGAGAAAAUUGGGAAAGAUUGAUAAAGUUGAUGCCUUGAGACAUAAUUCAGAGCUGAAGAAUGAAUCUCAAGAAUUAUCACCACCUGAAGUGAACAAGCAAACACCAGAAGUGACCAACCAAACAUUCACUUCUGUGAGAUUCUGGAUAGUUGGCCUCUUGGCAUUCUCAGUCCUUUCUUUUCUGGCAGUAAUAUUGAUGAUUAUUUCCAAUCACAGAGGACAGAGAAAGAGAGGUAAAGCAUUGAGGACCAAGAGGAGAACUGCUUAUCAGGACACUGGGAUAUAAGUGGCAACAUAAGCAUCUCUGGAACGCUGAAAUACUGUAAGAAGGAGAAAAGUAAAAAACAAGAAAUCUGAGACCAAGAGCGCAGCGUGGAUAUGUUGCACAGACAUUCCAUGCUAACAGAAGACAUCAUUCCCACGAAGAGUCCAUUCAGUUGCCGCUGCUGCACGGUCAAGAAGUGAAUCAAGACAUAUCAUCAAGUUGAGUGGCUCAUUCUGGAAAAUGAACCUACUUGCUAAUUUGAAAUGACAACAAUUGGCUUCUCUUCAAUUGCUGUCUAUUUAGACUUGUGGAGCUUCAAACUUGACAUGGAAUACGUAGUCCAAGCAUUGGAAUUAAGAAAAUUUCUUGUGGAUCUGCAUAAGGCAUCAUCAUGCUACAAGAAGACUAUCUUAUACGAAUAUUCAAGACAAUCUGCAUAAAGCAUUCGCUCAUAACCCAUUGGAAAAAGAAAAAACCAAGUCAUAGUGACAGACUCCUUAUUAAAUUACCACUAUCCGCUCUAAGCUUUUCUUCUUUAUUACUGACUGACCCGACCUGAAUCGAGUGUACAAAGAUUCCAUUUAAUGUAGUUUGGAUCUUCUAUUAUAAUUUCGUUGACACUAAUAUAAUACAUUUGGUUGAGCUUUUGGGAGCAACAAAAUCUUGGAUGUAGUUAUUG